AUGGGAGGUCUUUCGACAACGAGGCGGAAAGAGCCUCCACGCAUGCUUGAUCUUAGCAUUGGCAACGUCGAGAGAGGACAAGAUACGCCUACCUCGCGUCCUACAACAUCAACACCGAUAAUAUCCACUCCUACUCCGACACAGAGUUCAGCAUCCACUCCAACACAGAGUCCACCAGCCACUCCGAUACAGAGCCCACCGGGAACGCCUGCGAAGACGAUAGUGGAAACAGCGACCCGUUUGAUAACUACAAAAGUUGAAGCACCUACGGCUACGGUCUUUAUCACUGUCGUUCCAAAUCCCCAGACUGUCACGGUGAAUGGGCCUCAACAAAUUACAGCACAACCGGACAACACCAACGAGUCGGAGGGGCAGUCUUCAGUGCCUCAGCCAGUCCAAGGGAUCACGUUCACUUCCAACACGGGGGUUGCUCUGCUAGGUGGACUUGGAGGUCUUGCGGCGGUAUCCAUUCUUGGUAUGGCAUUUAUCAUUGUGUGGCGGAAACGGAGACGUAGGGCAUUGGCAGGAGAUGGAGUUUCUAAGAUGGGGUGA